AUGGAAGGUGAAGAUAUUUUAUAUGAAGUUAGAGAUAGAACAGUUAUCAUCACUUUAAACAUUCCAAAAAAAUUGAAUGCUUUAAAUGGGGAUCAAUACUUAUUGUUAGGUAAGUUAAUGGAAAGGGCUAAUGAAGAAGAAGAUACUGUAGUUACUAUUUUCCAAAGUAGUGGUAGAUAUUUCAGUGCUGGGGCCAACUUUGCUGAUAAAGGAUUAGCCAAAUUGGAUGUUGCUGAAUUAUUUGAUCAUAAAUAUUGGUUAGGUAAUUUCGUUGCUAGAAAUACUUGGUUGACUUCCCUUUUCCAAAAUCAUAAGAAGGUUUUGGUGGCUGCUGUCAAUGGACCUGUUAUUGGAUUAUCUGCAGCUUUGGUUGCAUUAUGUGAUUUAAUCUAUGUUAUGGAUGAUACUAAAUUCCAUUUAUUAUGUCCAUUCUCCAAUUUAGGUUUAGUAGCUGAAGGUGCUACAUCUGUUACUUUAUUUAAAAGAUUAGGUUGGUCUAAAGCUUCUGAAGCUAUUUUAUUUUCUAGACCUAUUCCUGGUAAAGAAUUAAAAGCUUUAGGUUUCAUUAAUCAAUCGUAUAAUGACUAUAACUUCAAAACUACCGAAGAAUUCAAUGAACAAAUUUAUAAAGAUGUUUUGGGUGAUUUCCAAGAUUUACAUGAAGAUUCUAUCUUUAAGAAUAAACAAUUAUUAAAGGCCAACAGAGAUGGAGCCAUUGAUGCUGCCAAUUCUAAUGAAGUUGUAACUGGUUUUUACAAAUGGAUUGAAGGUGUUCCUCAAUCAAGAUUCGUUCAAUUGGCUCAAAAGGAUAUCAAACAUAAAAUGUAA